AGCUGUGUGUGGUGCUAUAUAUAUAUCCCAACACCUGAUUACCUUUCACUCGUCUGUCUUGCUCACAAUGAUGGGAAGCUGCGUGGCUCUGUGGGGCAUUAUGGUGCUGCUACUUUUCCAGGGAGUCACCAGCGCGGCCACAGGUUGGCAACAGCUUAACAUUGAGGCGCUGAUCGAUGACUUCGUCAAAGCUGCUGCAGGUAGGAACAGCGUGCUUUGGUGGGACAUUGCCGCUCAGCAAGAUGUUCUCAAGAGCAACCCUCACUUUCGGAAUCGAAAAGUGACAGUCUCAACGGGUCCCAUCGUCUAUGGCAACGAAACGACCGUUUCCAUGAAACCCCCGGGCCACCACGUGCACUGGAUACACAACGAUCGCUACAACGAAUCACAUACAAGCGUGAUAAAGAAGACUUUCACCAACACAAAGAGUUACACAUGGAGCAUGGCACAAACUUUUACCUUGAGUCACACAGUAAAAGUGACAGUGGGACUCCCGGAGGCGGUCAGUGUCGAGUCGGCGACCACAGCUUCAUUGCGGCUCCAGCACGGCUCAAGCGAAACGAAGAGUGACAUUUCAAAGGUUGAAGUUUCUGAAACCGUGACCGUAAAGCCGAGACGUUCAAUGAAGCUCAUAUGGACUGUCAACAACGUCGUCAAGGACAUACCAUGGACCAUGAACGUUACGCUGCAUGGAUGGAUCGCGGUGUGGUACUACAACAAGGUUUCAAAACACCACCUCUGGUUCUAUCCAAUUGAUUUCAUCGCCGGAGAAGGAUUACAACAUAUUCCAGGAGGAGGCAUCCAGUUCACGGCCAAAGGAAAAUUCACAAAUGUUAAUUCUCAGGUGUCCUCAGUAAGGUUGGAGGACCACGACCUUCGGGCGUACUCUUCCAAGCCUUUAAGUGUCACAUACCAACCAGUGAAUGCGACACGUAUUGGUGCAGUUGAAAGUGAACAGUUCGAAGCACACCGAAGGAAAACAGCUGGGUCACACAUUCGAACACUGAAAAAAGCCAGGAUGCUGGUGGGAACGGUGAAACAAAGCAUAGAAGGAAUAAGUUAAGUAUCCGUUUCCACCUCAUUGACUUUCCUUGAGGAUGAACUGCAACACACUCCAAGGUGCCAUACAGUCCCCGCCUAGAGGAACUUUCGUUAAUUUAAAUUUCUAGGUGACUUCACUGAGGGCGUGGUGCUAUCGCCUGAAGCGAUACUGUUCGAGGAUUUUAAAUAUUCUCUAUACCCACCAAAGAAGGAGGUGUCUGUUACGGGUCUAGGACGUUUCGGCGCAGGGUGUCUUAGUACAAGACAUCCUGGUGCAGACGUCUCGGUACACGGACAUUUGUGUACACGGACGGUUUGGUACACGGGCAUCUCGAUACAAGAAUUGUGCGUGGGAUUUUUUUUCCACACCAGUACGUUGGUUGGCUACUGAGACGACCAAGGAUUUGAAUAAAGUGGUUCA